CAACAUUUUAGAAGUCAUCACAACUGUUGUGGAAUACUAAUUCUAUUUUCUUAAAUCCAUGAGACUUUAUUAUUUAAUUUGUUGUUUCAUUCAAUAUUUUAUCAUUUUAACAAUUCACAUUGAGGUGAUCUGUUCAACAAUAGAGUUAAGUCAACAACAGCAACAACAAGAUCGUUUGGCAACAUUUUCAUUAAAAUUUUUAGAAUUUCAUAAUCAUGCACAUCGACGUAUUGAUGGUAGUUGUUGUGGUCGUCCUAGACAGUCAUCUUCAUCAACAACUAUAAAAGUAGAAACAGAAAUAUGCAAGGCAGAAUGUGCAUUGGAAUUUCGUAUCUGUAUUGAACCUUAUACAACAAUCAGCAUAUUAUCAAAUAGUACAAAAAUUUAUAAUGGUCCUUGUAUGUAUGGUGAAGUAUACACUAGUCACUGGGGUAAUACAGAUAUUACAUAUGGUUUAUUAGAAGCUAGUGUACACUCUAUUGGAAUUAUACAUCCAUGGCCGCGUUUAUUCACAGUUAUAUUAGAAGCGUAUGAUUUAGUCAAUCGUAAUGAGAAAUAUUUAAUUGAUCGAGCUAUACAUCGUGGUCUAUUACGUCCAUUAAUUUCUUCGACGAAAUCAUUAAAUCUCUCCACAGAUUGGCAUCAAGUUACUAUAUCCACACAAUAUUCUGGUUAUACAUUUUGUAUUCAAUUAACAUGUGAAUUAAAUCAUUAUGGUAAUGAUUGUACUAAAGUAUGUCAAGUCAAUGAGAAUCAUACCAAAUUUAAAUGUGAUGCAAAUGGUGAUAAAAUAUGUGAACCUGGUUGGAGUGGAAUUGAAUGUGAUAAAGCAAUAUGCAAUAUUGGUUGUCAUCCAGUUCACGGAACUUGUUCAAGACCAGGAGAAUGCGAUUGUGCAACUGGUUGGCAAGGUCCACUUUGUGAUGAAUGUAUCAAAUAUCCAGGAUGUAAACAUGGAACAUGUAAUGAUGCACCAUUUACAUGCCGUUGUUUACCUAAUUGGGGUGGAUCAUUUUGUGAUCAAGAUUUGGAUUAUUGUGGACGACAUCAACCAUGUUUAAAUAAUGGAAUAUGUAGAAAUUUGAAUUCUUCAUAUUCAAAACCAUUCAAUUGUAGUUGUACACGUGAUUUUACAGGGGAAUAUUGUGAAAUAAAAUUGGCACCAUGUACAAUUGAUCCAUGUAAACGUGGUCGUUGUAUAUCAACAGAUAACAUCACUUAUGAAUGUGAAUGUCAACCAGGAUGGCGUGGUGAUCAUUGUGAAGAGAAUAUUGAUUAUUGCCUAAUCAAUACAUGUUUAAAUGGUGGAACAUGUCAAGAUUUAGAUGGUCCUGGUUUCCAAUGUUUAUGUCCACCUGGUUUUAAAGGAUCUAAUUGUCAAUUAAGAUCACCAUGUAGUAAUUCACAAUGUGUUCAUGCAGUCAAUUGUAAACAAUUAAUACAACCAGUAAAUGGAAUUGAUUAUGAAUGUAUGUGUCAACCUGGUUGGACAGGACAAUUUUGUGAUCAAAAUAUUGAUGAUUGUGUUGACAAAUGUAAAAAUGGAGGAACAUGUCACGAUCUUCUAGAUGAUUUCUAUUGUACUUGUCCAAUUGGAUUUGAAGGUAGAUAUUGUGAAAUUAAUCGUGAAUGUUCUAGUAAACCAUGUCAAAAUAAAGGAAUUUGUCAUGAAAUUCCUGGUGGUUAUUUAUGUGAAUGCCCAAAUGGAUUUAUAGGACAAAAUUGUGAAAUUUCAAUCAAUGGAUGUAAUCCAAAUCUUUGUCAAAAUGGUGCUUAUUGUUAUACAUUAUCUACUGGUUUCUAUUGUAAAUGUUCAGAACAUUUUUAUGGACAAUUCUGUGAACACCGACGACCAUAUUGUGGACCAGAUGGUUGUGAUACAUUAAUGGAUCCAUGUUUAAUUAUGUUAAUGAUGCAAAAUAAUGAUACAUUCUCAUAUCCCACUUCGUUUUCCUCCUCGUUGACAUCGUCAUCUUCAUCAGUAUUAACCCAUCAACAAUCAAUAAUGAUUCCAAGAAAUUCAACUCCAUCAAAUAUGGAUAAUUUAUUAAUUAGUCAUCAUGAGAUUACAUAUCCUUAUGGUGUAUGUGGUCAACAUGGUACAUGUAUUAGUACAGACCAUGGAGAUUAUAAAUGUAUUUGUGGUACUGGUUAUCAAGGAAAAUAUUGUCAUCAAUCAAUUAAUUAUUGUGAAACGAUGCCAUGUAUGAAUAAUGGUAUAUGUAUAAAUGGUUUAGAAGGUUAUGAAUGUAUAUGUGAAGAAGGAUUUAAUGGUGUACAAUGUGAAAAUCCUAUUGAUUUAUGUCAACCAAAUCCAUGUCAAAAUGGUGGCUAUUGUCAGCAUACAUUAUAUCCAGGUGAUUUUCAAUGUCAUUGUCCACCAGGUUGGUCUGGUCGUUGGUGUGAAUUUCAAACAGAUAAUCCAUGUAAUAUGGCUAAAAUUUGUUUUAAUAAUGGUAAAUGUCAACAAGAUCAUUUAAGUCCUGCAUUAUUUAAAUGUGAAUGUGAUAAAGAAUGGAUUGGAUCUGUUUGCCAGUUACGUCGACCAGAAACAAGAUCAUGUGUACAAGAAAAUCUAUGCAAAAAUGGUGCUACAUGCGUUGAUUUAGGUAAUAGUUUUAAUUGUAUUUGUCGUCCUGGUUUUGAUGGUCAAUAUUGUGAAAAUGAAAUUAAUGAAUGUAAUUCAAUGCCAUGUUACAAUAAUGGAACAUGUAAAGAUCUUAUUAAUUCUUUUGAAUGUGAUUGCCCUAAAGGUUUUAUUGGAACUGAUUGUAGAAUAAAUGUUAAUGAAUGUGCUUCAUAUCCAUGUUCAUUUGGAUCAACAUGUAUUGAUCGUGUUGGAACAUAUGAAUGUAUUUGUCCAGAACAACGAUAUGGUCAACAUUGUGAUGAAGUAAUUAUUGAAACGGAACCAAAACCACCAGCAUGUAAUUUUUAUGGUCGAAUUUAUGAUCAUAAUGAUAAUUGGACUUAUAGUUGUCAACGUUGUCAUUGUAAUAAAGGACAAAUUAUAUGUACUGAUGAUUUUUGUGGUUAUUGGUCAUGUUUACAAGUAAUUGAAAAAAAUGAUCGUUUUGCUUGUAAAUCAAAUGAAAUUUGUCAUAUUAUAUCAUCUAGUUUAAAUGAUGAAUGUUUUAUACCACCAUGUUAUUUACGUACAAUUUGUUUAAAUGCUAAUCAAUCAAUUACGGAACAAUUAAAAAAGCUAUUACCAAAUUAUCAUUUUAAAUUAGCAUUACCUAAUUGUCGACCAAAUAAUUUUAUAUUAAAUAAUCAUUGUGCUAGAUUAUUAUUACAUUUUUCAAAAUUACGUAUGUCUUAUUCAAUUACUGUAAAUGACGUAUGUAAUGCUGUGAAAAAUUUACCAUCAUUAAAAAAAUAUCAUCAAUAUGAAAGUGACCGAAUAGGUAUCGGUAUAAGUUGUGAUAUAAAAGUGGAUUACUUUAGAAAACAACAAAAUAUCAUAGAAGUAACACUCAGUUCAUUGAAUGAUCAAAUCCGAAUUGGUUCAGAUGGUAGAGAAUAUUCAUUUAUUCAUGAAUUAGCUAGAAAUUUAUCUAAAGAAGCUUAUUUAGCUGCAUCAACUAAUUUAAAAUUGCGUAAAAACAAUUUAAAAUUAUCCAAUAAUGGAAGUGACAGUAAUUAUGAGUAUGCCAAUAAUGACAGUAACCAUGAUGAUGAUGAUGAUGAGGAGGAGAAGGAGGAGGAGGUUAUACCGUUACCACCAAUGUCUAUGAUUUUAGGCACUGAUCAAUUGGAUAAUUAUUGGCAUAGAGUUUUACUUGGUAUAAUUGAAAUUCAAGUUGAUACAGUAGUUGUAAAUGAAAAUGAUUUUGGUUCACGUUUAUUGGUCCCUAUAAUAUGUGCUACAAUCUUAAUGAUUGCAUUAAUCUGUAUCUUUAUUAUAUGUUGCUAUUCACAAAGAAAACGUCGUGAACUCCUUAUGAAAUAUGCAACAACAACAAUAGCGCCUAAUAAUGAACCAUCAUCAAAUUUAAUUCAAAAUUUAUCAGACAGUAAUAAUCAUUCAAAGAAUUUAACUAAUCCAAUCAAUAUAACAUCGAUCCAUCAAAAUUACCCUUCAUAUCAUCCACAAUUCAUAUGUGAAUCAACAUUACAGUCGAAAAGAUUUUUAUCAUCACAAUUUCAUUAUAAUAUAAAUGGAAGGAGAGUAUUAGCUCAUAAUGAUAAUAAUAAUAUCACCAGUAAUAUUCCACAAGGAGUAUGUACAGUCAAUACAAAUCGAGUAAAUAUGAAUCAAUACAGUGGACCAGUUAUGAUUUAAGUAGUAUAUAUGAAAUUAAUAAAAGAUAUGAUAUUAAUAUUCUACAACUAUUAUUGAAAGAAAAGAAAUUGAUAGAAGAACAUUCAUCUAAAUUAGAUGGAAUAGUUUCAUAGUAUUUCGGUGACGAACUGAUGAAAGACAUUAAAUAGGAAGGAGAAGAAUGUAUUUGUAAAUUCUUAACGACGACUGAAUUUGAAGUAAUUCCAAGGAACAAGCAUUGAUAAGAUUGCUAGAGCGAAAAGUUGAAGUCACUUCAGAUUCAUUCGUUGAGAUUUUACAAAUAUAUUCUUCUUUUUCAUAGUUGAAAGCAUGAAUUAAUUAAAGCUAGACCACAGAGGAAAACCCUGGAAACACUGAACGACCGUUUUGUAUCAUUGUGGGACUCCUCAGUAGUGUACAUCCAAUAUUUCGCCUCGCGAGAUUUGAACCCACAAUAGAACGAAACAGUCGUCCAGUGCUUCCAGGUUUUCCUUGGUGGUCUAGCUUCAAUUGACUCAUGCUUUUAACUAUGAAAAUAAUAAAUCUUCACAAAACCCCUUCUGAUUCUUCUUCCUAUUGAAAAGUAAAUUAAUUUUUGAACUGUAAAUAUUUUCAUAGAAAUUUAUUAUAAUUAAAACGACAUUCGAGAAUAGGCUUAACAAGAGAUUGAAGAUUUGUUAAACGGUUCAACUUUGAAAAUUUCUUUAUGAACUCUUACUUACUUAUGCCUGUUACGUCCAAUGGAGCAUAGAUCGCUGACCAGCAUUCUCCAACCCAUUCUGUCCUGGGCCAUUUUUUUCUAUUUCUAUUCAGCUUUUGUUCAUUCUUCUCUUGUCUGCCUCCAGUUCUCGGUAUUGAUUGAUAUCGACAUUGUAAAUAUUAUUUUAGAACGUAGACCUUUCUUUCUUUUUUCGUUUUGAAUUCUCUAACAAAUUACCAUUGUAGUAAAAAUGAAGAUAAUUAAUCAAUAUCAGUCAUCUUUGAUUUG